GUUCAACUCACAACGAAAUGUCACAAAAAACGUUCAAAAUCACCAUCCUACCUGGUGACGGCAUCGGUCCUGAAGUCACUGGUCAAGCCGUCCGGGUAUUAGAGACCAUUGUCAAACUCACCAAACUCCCACUCGAGAUUACGUCUUGUGAUUUUGGUGGGGUGGCAAUUGACAAUCAUGGAAAUCCCCUACCCGAAUCGACUCUGAAAAGUUGUAAAGAGGCAGAUGCUAUCCUUCUCGGUGCUGUGGGUGGUCCGAAAUGGGGUGUUGGACCUGUCAGACCUGAACAAGGGAUUUUGAAACUUCGCAAAGAACUCGGUUUGUUUGCCAAUAUUCGCCCGGCCAAUUUCGCCAGUGAAUCUUUGUUAAAACAUUCACCUUUGAAAGAAGAGGUAGCUCGCGGGACGGAUAUUAUAGUCCUUCGAGAACUUAUUGGUGGUAUUUACUUCGGUGACCGACAAGAAACCGACUCGACCGGUACCGCCUGGGACACAUGUAUCUACACUAUCCCAGAAGUAGAACGUAUAACCCGUGUGGCUUGUCAAAUCGCUCUGGCUGCCGAUCCUCCUUUACCGGUACAUUCGAUAGAUAAAGCCAACGUACUCGCUUCUUCGCGUUUGUGGCGUAAGACGGUUACGGAACUUAUGGCAAAGGAAUAUCCUCAACUCAAGUUGGACCAUCAAUUGGUAGAUAGUGCAGCUAUGAUCAUGGUGUCAAACCCGAGGAAGCUGAAUGGGGUGGUUUUGACUGAGAACAUGUUCGGGGAUAUUCUCUCAGAUGAAAGUUCCGUCAUCCCUGGCUCUCUGGGAUUACUACCAUCUGCUUCUUUGGCAGGUGCUCCUGAUCCAAAUGCUACCGUUUCAGGGAUAUACGAACCAAUCCACGGUUCAGCCCCAGAUAUCGCAGGUCAAAAUAUCGCAAACCCCAUUGGAACUAUCCUAUCAGCAGCCAUGAUGCUUCGUUAUUCUCUCGGUCGACCUAACGAAGCUGACGCUAUCGAAAAAGCAGUGUCUAAAGUCCUUGAUGGGGCACAGCAGGGAGGUUUUGAUUAUCGAACUCGUGAUUUGGGUGGAGAGAGGAGUACGACUGAUGUAGGGGAUAAAGUAGUAGAAGUUUUGGAGAAGAUGUUGGGGUGAUAUUAAAGAAAGGUAUGAAUAGUGACCGUCAUACUCGAGAAUCGAAAUCUAAACUAAAAACGUACAUGGUGGUACGGGUGGAAAGGAGAUACGGAAAAUGCAUCUGUUCCAUACGGUACUGU